AUGAAUUUAGAAAAUUAUAAUGAUAAAUUAUUUUUUUCAAUUUGGAGAAAUAUAGUUUUAAGAAAAGUUAUAAUCAAUGAAUUGAAAUUAUUUAGUAUAUUUAGAAAAGUUAAUUUCAAAAUAAAUACAAAUGAAGAAUAUCAAUAUUGGUUAGAUUAUAAAUAUAAAAUUUAUUUGAAAAGGGUCAGGUUCUUUAUUAGUUUUCAAGGUCUUAGAAUUUUUGAUCUUCAAAGAUUGAUAUUGACAUUAUUAUCAUUACCAGAGAAUAUUGAUACAGUUGAAAUUGAAACAAAUUCAAUAAUACCUAUAUGUAAUAUAUUUAAUCCUGGCUUCAUACCUCGUUCAGUAACAUCACUAGAAUUAAUUGGUUCAUUUAGUUCACCAUUUUCAAAAAAUUCAAUUCAUUCAAAUUUAAAAUCUUUAAUUCUAAAUGAUCAAUUAUCUUUAAAACUAUACCAUUUAUUGAAUAUAGGUAAAGUAUUUCUACCAAAAAGUUUAACAAGUUUAACAUUUGGUGAUUCAUUUAAUACAGAGAUUGGUGAAGGUUGUUUACCAUCGUCAAUCACUUAUUUAGAAUUUGGAUACCAUUUUAAUUGUGAAAUUGGGAAGAAUGUAUUACCAAAGAGAUUAAAAAUAUUAAAAUUUGGUGAACUAUUCAAUAAAUCUUUAAGUACAAGACAAUGUUUUUAUAAUAGAAAUAAAUUGAAGAAACUUUAUCUUGGUAGAGAAUAUCAAGGUGAGUUUAUCGAAUUUACAUUCCCAAAAUCAUUAAAAGAGUUGGUAUUUUCAAUUGGCUGUAAAUUCAAUCACCCAUUGGAAGUUGGUGUGUUACCUCCAUCGUUAAAGACUUUAAUUAUUGGUGAGCGAUAUUUUAAAUCGGAAAUUGAGUCUUUGCCAAUAUCUUUAAAAUAUUUAUCAAUAAAUUGUAGUCAAUCAAUUGAGAAUGUAUCACCAUUUUUAAAGAAUCUUAAAAAAUUAGAAUUAACAUCAUUUUUAGUGCCUUUGGUUAGAAGGAUAUUGAAUGAUACUGAUUUUCAUUAA